AAAAAUCCAAUACCACUACCACCACCACCACCGCUCGCCGGAAAAUAAAAAUAACCGUCAAAAAAUGUCCGCCGGCGAGAAGGAGUGCAGCCACCACAAAGGAAACAGAAACAAGAAAUUCCGGCGAAUCUUCUCCGGCUUCCUAAUCUUCUGUUUCAUAAUCCUCGUAAUCUUCCUCAUCAUAUUAGCCGUUCUUCAACCUCAUAAACCUCAAUUCAUAAUCCAAGAUGCAACGAUCUUCAAUUUCAACGUCUCUGCUCCGAAUCUCCUCUCAUCGAAUCUUCAAAUCACGGUUAUAUCUCAUAACCCUAACGAUAAGAUCGGGAUCUAUUACGAUAAGCUAGAUGCGUACGCUGUGUAUCAGAAUCAACAAAUUACUUAUUACAGUUCAAUUUCUCCUGUUUAUCAAGGUCAUAAGGAUACGAAUGUUUGGUCGCCGUUUCUGUAUGGCGUUGAUGUUCCGAUCUAUGAGAAUAAUGGAUUUGCACUUAAAGAGGAUCAGUCUACAGGUAGGAUUGAACUUUUGAUUAAAUUGGAUGGACGUGUUCGUUGGAAAGUUGGAGAAAUCACGACGUUGAAGUAUAAUAUUCAUGUUCGUUGUUUGGCGUAUAUAAAUUUCGGAAGUAGUGCUAAUGAAGGAAUCUUCGUCUCCUCUGUUGAGAAGUAUCAGAUUCAGAGGAGAUGCAGCGUCGGCGUUUGAUCGGAAUUUGGUUUCUCCGGUGGUUCUGUUAAUUCCUUUCUUUUACUUAAUACGUGAUUAUUAAUUGUAUAUUUUAAUUAAGUUAAGGAUUUUAUUUGAAAAUAAUGAUCCAAUAUAUUCAAAUAAACGGGU